AUGGUACAAGCAAAAGCCUCCUCUUCCUCGUCGUCCUCAACGACGGAGACUUCUUCUCCUGGAACCACAAAUAUUGCAUCAUCUCGGCCCGAUGCCAUUUCUCAACGAUUAAUGGUUCAAUGCUUUCGUGAACUUUUUAUAAAGAUGGACGUAUUGGAAGAGAGUUUACCUGCGGUAUCGGAUUCAAAGAAAAAUCAUGAUUCUUCAGAGGAACAAGUUCAAUCAAAGAGACAAAACGAAGCAUCGGAAUCAUGGGGAGACUUUGUUCCUUUAAAAAGAGAAGAAGUGAUGGAACUCAUUGAAGGAGGAAAAAAGAGAACACAAGUUUUGCAAAAAAACCAAUAUUUGAACAUGACUGUAGAAGAUACUCAGAGGGAAACAAAGAAAAGGCUGACAACUCUAAUAAGGACUGUUAAAAAUUUGGCGUGUACUGAAGAAAAUGUUUUGACCAUCGAGAAUUGUUUGACUUUAAUAUUUGAAAUUAUACAUAAUGGCCUAAUGAGAAAUGGUUUGAAAGUGAUAACAUCUCAAAAAGGAGGUCAGCUCGACGAUUUGAAAGUCAUAUCUGGUUAUUUAUGUAAGGAUGCAAAAGAAUCAAAAACAGGAAGCAAUGAGAUUGAAAAUAACGUGAAUGGAUCAUCCUAUAUGGAGUCACUUUCAGCCAUUAUUACAACAUUGAAGGGAAAGAGAGAAAUUACGAACAACAUUGUUUUUUUGAAAGCAUUAAUUGCAUCUGUUAUUUGCUACUUUGACCUCAAUCAACAAGAAUCCCACAAGAACUUUGUUGAAUUGGCUUGUCACGUUCUACAGUUUUUGAUCAACGAGUGUUAUAAAUUGGUGUAUCCAGAUCCACGUGAAUUACUCUAUAGAGGAAUGCGAGAUGAUGCAUCAGAUGCACAUUUGAGAAGAAUUCAAAAUUGUUUUGGCCUUAAUUCUAAUGACAUUGUCGAAGAAACGGAAAAGCCUCCUUUGGAAGGCACAAUUUUAACACCUCUAGAAUUUUGCCAACUUUUUAGAGUUUACAGUUUCAUGGUACAGAGAGCUCUUUCCACUGCAUAUCCAUUUACAAUUACAAUCAAUGCUCAUCUCCUUAUCAAUAGGGUACUCCAGGAAACUUUCUUACUUCAAGCUAUUUCCACACAAGUGUUGAAAAAGCCCAACAGAGAGAUCAAGUCCAUUUUAUACGCUGCAAGCACAGACGGCCAAAAACUGCAAUCUUCUUUCUAUGCCAUCAUUUUGCCAAUUAUCCAUUCAGAAAGUUUAAAGAUGCUUUCUUCACUGAUAAAUGCAGGAACAGAACAAUUACUGCCAUAUAUUAACAGCAUUUGUCAAAUUCUAGUUACAGAAACAAGGAAUUGGAAGAGUUCUAUACUGAUAGCACUUUGCGACUACUGCAACAGCGAGCCAUAUUUUGAGGUUUACAAAGAGUUAAUGAGAUGUCUUACCAUUUUGGCAUCCAAGCAUGGAGGAAAAACCAGUGAAAAAUGCACUCGCCUUGUUCUACCGCAUUUAAUUGACAUAAUUUCUCAAUUUACUUAUUUUGUGGAUCAUCAAAUAUUUUCUUUGCCUCUAACACAGGUGCAACAGCAACAUGCUGUAGAGAAUUAUGAACUCUCUUCUAAAAAGAAGAAGAAAAAGCAAAACACAAUAGAAGAAGACCUCGUCUUAAAUCCAGAAAUUUUCAACCAAUUUUCUAGAAUUGUAUUUGUCACACUUAAGGCCAUUCAACAUUUGAUGAAUGACAGUAGUGUCCUGAUCACUGUGACAAGACAAGUAGAUUCCCGAUACAAGUCCACCUCAGAAACAGAAAACUCCGUAGUGGAUGUGCUAAACACCAUUGUUGACUUUUUAUCGUCCAUUAUUGGGUUUGUAUCCAAGUGGCAUGACCUUGAUGCCUUCUUUUCCACCUCAAACAUUUCAAUUUACAGUGCCUCUCAAGUAAGAAGUUAUCAUGAAAACUUGAUUCCAAUUAUUAUUGCCAUGUAUGAAGCACUACUUCCAUCUCUGCUUUCUACCUCGUCCGUUCACACUCAGUCUCCUUUCCUUUCUCACGCUUUAAUUAUUUUACAGAAAGGAAAAUCAAGCUUGAUUCCUGAGCUUGUUUCAACUUGCAUGACCGGUUUAAACGUCUUAGAGGGAUUUUUACACCCCAAGUCCGCUCCAUUGUAUGUUCCCUCAGCCGAGUCUGUACAACAACAGAAUGCUUCUUUGGAUAGUACUAUGAAAAAUAGUUUGUUAUCUUCAUCUUCCUCGUCUGAUAUUCAAUCUAGAUUUUCAAAUCGAUUGAAUACACUCUCGAAUAGCCAUGAAGAAGAUGGUGACGAUGAAUCAGUUGAUUUGGAUGAGAAAAUGGAAUCCCCUCUGGAAACUAAAUUGCAAAUUGUUCUCGACAAAAAGCCAACUCAAGUGGAGAGCAUAAAGGAAACACAACAAGUGGAAAAACCAUCAAAGCAGGAAAAGAAGAAAGCACAAGAGGAAUUGCUCCCCAAACAAGAGACAACCAAAGAAAUGUUGACAUCAAAAAAGAGAGAGCUUAGUACUGAAGCAUCUGAGGAAAAAAGUGCACAAUCCAAAAAGAGAGAUGCUGUGACUAGUUCUUCCAUUCUUGAUAAAAUCAAAGAAAAAAAGAAUAAGCAACGAAAAGUGGAUCUCUCCGAUGAAGACAAGAAGCGGGACGCUCAAGUUACACAACAAGAGGUCUGCUUUGGACCAAAGAAAACCACAACCCAAACACCAUCAAGUUCAAUGACAAAAUAUGUUCAAGACAAUUCAGAAGACUUUGAGGAUGCAACCAAAUUCAGCUCUGAAUCAGAUGACGAUGGGGAGGAUAUCUCCAAUAUUAAGUUGGUAGAUAAUGAUGAAAUUGGUGACGUCUCUGCAUUAGAUCUCCACUUUUAA